GCGAGAAGGCGGGAGGCGGAGCUGAUUGAGUCCCCGGUCGGAGGUGGUCGCGGUGAAGGCGGUCGAUCGCGUUCCGCGGAGCCCGAGGCGGCGCCAGCGCCAGGCCCGAGAUCCGCGGGGGAGAGGCGGCCACGCGUGGAGAUCCCGAAGGGCUGCCUUCCGUUUCCUUCUCCAGCUCGUUUACAGAUGGAGAAACUGAAGCACACGGAGAGAAGUGACCGGCCCAGGGUCACACGGCUGCUGAGUGACUGAGCCAGAGUGGAAUUCAGAUCUUCUUGCCCCGGGCCUGUGGUCCAUUCACCCAGAGAGCAGAAGUUCUCAGUCUAAAGGUGGAUUCCGCAUGCAAACAGAUUCUGCAGUGGAGCCUGAUCUAGGACGAGCAGGCAGCAUGGCUUCCGAGUCGGAGAGCCUGAACCCCAGCGCCCGCAUCAUGACUUUCUACCCCACCAUGGAGGAGUUUCGGACCUUCAGCCGCUACAUCGCCUACAUCGAGUCCCAAGGAGCGCACCGGGCGGGGCUGGCCAAGGUGGUUCCUCCAAAGGAGUGGAAGCCGAGGUCGACCUAUGACGACAUCGAUGACUUGGUCAUCCCGGCCCCCAUCCAGCAGGUGGUGACUGGGCAGUCCGGCCUCUUCACCCAGUACAACAUCCAGAAGAAAGCCAUGACUGUUCGGGAGUUCCGCAGGAUAGCCAACAGUGACAAGUACUGUACUCCCCGCUACAAUGAAUUUGAAGAGCUUGAGCGAAAAUACUGGAAAAAUCUAACGUUUAAUCCCCCCAUCUAUGGUGCUGAUGUGAAUGGGACACUGUAUGAAAAGCACGUAGAUGAGUGGAACAUCGGCCGCUUGAACACCAUCCUGGAUGUGGUGGAGAACGAGAGCGGGAUCACCAUCGAGGGCGUUAACACUCCCUACCUCUACUUCGGCAUGUGGAAGACCUCCUUCGCCUGGCACACGGAGGACAUGGACCUGUAUAGCAUCAACUACCUGCAUUUUGGGGAGCCCAAGUCCUGGUACUCCAUUCCCCCAGAGCAUGGCAAACGUUUGGAGCGUCUGGCCAAAGGUUUCUUCCCAGGAAGUGCCCAAAGUUGUGAAGCUUUUCUCCGCCAUAAAAUGACCUUGAUUUCCCCUUCAAUCCUGAAGAAAUAUGGCAUCCCCUUUGAUAAGGUGACCCAGGAGGCUGGAGAAUUUAUGAUCACGUUUCCUUAUGGCUACCAUGCCGGCUUCAACCACGGAUUCAACUGUGCUGAGUCUACCAACUUUGCCACCCUUCGUUGGAUCGAGUAUGGCAAACAAUCUGUUCUGUGCUCUUGCCGGAAGGAUAUGGUGAAGAUAUCUAUGGAUGUAUUUGUGCGCAAGUUCCAGCCAGAGCGGUACAAGCUGUGGAAAGCAGGCAAAGAUGCCCCUGUCAUUGAUCACACUCUGCCCACCCCUGAGGCUGCUGAGUUCCACAAGGGGGAGCAGCAGGACUGUCCGGAGGAGGCCCUGGACGGCAGUGGGGACCCAGUCAAUGAGGAUGCCAGGAGAAGCCCCACCAAGCAUCGGAUUGGAGCCAAGAGGCACCGGGUGUGUCUUGAGGUGCCUCAGGAGGUGAGUGAGAGCGAGGCUUUUGCCCAGAGAGAACCCUAUGAGAUGGAUGGGGAGCAGGCAGCUGUUGCUCCUGGGAAGUCUGGCCCAGACUUGCUGUCACCACUGCGAGCUGAGAACGGCACCCUCCUCUCACCAGAUUAUCCAGACUCUGCUGAAGUCAAAUUUGAAGAACUUAAGAAUGUCAAAUUGGAAGAGGAAGAGGAAGAAGCCGCAGCCUUGGACCUCUCUCUGUCCAGAACACAUCAGGCCUCCAAAAAGAGCCGAGCUCGCGGUUCUGAGAGCCGGUCUCAUCGAGCACGCCGAGCCCCGGCUGCCCACAGCUGUGCCCAGGAAGAGGAUUCAGAGCAAGAGCUCUCCGAGAAUGGAGAGGAGGAGAGUCAGAAGUCCAAGGGCCGUCGGCAGCCCCUGAGCAAGCUUCCCCGGCAUCACCCGCUUGUGGCCCAAGAGUGUGGCAGUGAUGAUGAUGCCAGUGAGCAGCUGACCCCAGAAGAGGAGGCUGAAGAAACGGAGGCUUGGGCCAAGCCCCUGAGUCAGCUCUGGCAGAACCGACCUCUGAACUUCGAGGCCGAAAGGGCGUACAAUGAGAACAUGGCUCAGCAGCCCCCGCACUGUGCAGUUUGUAUGAUUUUCCAAACCUACCAACAGGCCGAGGGGGGAGGCCACAACCAGAGCUGGGCAGACGGGCCUGAGGCGGCCCCUGGGAGGCGCAGAACCAGGCCUCUGAUCCCCGAGAUGUGCUUCACUGCCACGGGCUGCAGCACCGACCUCAGCCUCUCCACGCCCUACCUGGAGGAGGACGGCACCAGCAUCCUCAUCACCUGCCGGAAGUGCUGUGUCUGCGUCCACGCCAGCUGUUACGGAGUCUCCCCUGAGCAGGCCUCAGAUGACUGGAUGUGCUCUCGGUGUGCGGCCAGCGCCUUAGAGGAGGGCUGCUGCCUGUGCUCGCUGCGAGGAGGAGCCCUGCAGAGAGCGAAUGAUGAUCGGUGGGUCCACGUAAUGUGUGCCAUUGCAGUCCUGGAAGCUAAGUUUGUCAACAUCGCAGAGCGCAGCCCGGUGGAUCUGAGCAAAAUCCCUCUUCUUCGCUUCAAGCUGAAAUGCGUCUUCUGUAAGAAGCGGAGGAAGAGGGCGGCUGGCUGCUGUGUUCAGUGCUCCCAUGGCCGUUGCCCGACCUCCUUCCACGUGAGCUGUGCGCAGGCCGCCGGGGUGAUGAUGCAGCCGGACGACUGGCCCUUUGUGGUCUUCAUCACCUGCUUUCGGCACAAGGUUCCUUCUCAGGCAGAGCGCGCCAAAGGCGCCCUCCAGGACCUUUCUGCGGGCCAGACGGUCAUCAGUAAGCACAAGAACGGGCGCUUCUACCAGUGCGAGGUGGUCCAGCUCUCCACAGAGACCUUCUACGAGGUCAACUUUGAUGACGGCUCCUUCAGUGACAACCUCUACCCCGAGGACAUUGUGAGUCGUGACUGCCUCCAGUUGGGGCCCCCUGCCGGAGGGGAAGUGGUCCAAGUGAGAUGGACAGACGGACAAGUCUAUGGAGCGACGUUCGUAGCUUCCCAUCCCAUCCAGAUGUACCAGGUGGAGUUUGAAGAUGGCUCCCAGCUCAUGGUGAAGAGGGAUGACGUUUACACGCUGGAUGAGGAGCUCCCCAAGAGAGUCAAGUCCCGGCUGUCGGUGGCCUCGGACAUGCGCUUCACAGAGAUCUUCACAGAGAAGGACGUCGGGCAGGAAAAGAAACGGCAGCGGGUCAUCAACUCUCGGUACCGAGAAGACUAUAUUGAGCCGGCGCUCUACCGGGCCAUCAUGGAGUAGGGGAGAGGGACUGCAUGGACCCAGCUGGUCAGCGGGGAGCACUCCGGGGGCGUGAGCCCCCCACGCCCGUGGAACUCGGAGUGGAAUUUUGAAAACUCAGAUUGUACAAACCAAAUGAACUAGCUCUUCCUCCCGUGCCCCAUUCCCUUCCCUGGUCCUUCUGCCACACAUUGCCGUGAAGAAGGGAGGCUGAGCUCUGAGCCGGGGUCCCGGACAUGUGGUGGUGGGCCUGCGGCCAGCAGGAGCCCCCACCCCCGAAGAGACCGGGCCCUGCUUGUGGGGACUGGGAGCUGGUGCUAUCUGCGCCCCUGCCCCGCGGGCGUGUGCAAGCGUGCCCAGGGAGCGGGGGAGCGCGCGGACCUUGGCCGGCCGGCCGGACAGACAGACAGACGGAGCGAGGAGCAGGCAGCAUUCCUCGCGCUUGCCCCCUUUCUCCUUUUUAUAUUUAUGUAUGCUUGGUCUCCACUGGCUUCCGUUGCUCCCUGGUGCUUCUGACCGAAGCCCUCGAGUUGGGGGGAGGCUGGAAGGAGUCACCCGGAGAAACUAAUGUGAAGCACUACACCUCAGUUCUUGCCACCAGGGGCUGAGCUGGGUACUGGGAGCUCCUUCCCUCGGGUGGGCGCAGGCUGCGAAAGCACUAGGGGGGGGGGGUCCUUGAGCCCCUGAGGAGCCCCUUACUUGCCUCUGGGCAAUGGAGUCUCAAGGUCCUGCCCCCUUCUGGACCUGCCCUGAGGCAGGGAGAGGGGGCACUUUUGGACCCGGCUUCUUGGUACCCUGAAUGGUGCAGUGAAGUGGAGGGUGGGGGGUGGGGGGGAAGUUGGGGGGAGGGGAAGGGGGCAUCAUAAUGAUGGUCAGUCAGGCCCACCUGCAGCAGGGGAGGGGGAGGCACUGCUGUGGGGGGAGCACCUGUGGGCAUUAACUGGUGAAGCUGUCAAUCAUGUAGGGGCUUUGGGGGGAACUGAGCACGGGGAUCCCAUGAAUUUGCUGUGCGGGCCUGGAGUUCUGCCAACCCCACUCCCUGUGUGCAGGAGAACCAGGGAUUUGAUCCUUUGCCUUUUUGUUACACUCGAUGCUAUAAAACCAAAUUAUUUUGAAA